AUGGCACCAAAUCCCAAAGCUUUUGCGUCAAAAAAUUUAACAAAGUCAUAUGCACAACAACAGAAACGUACUCCACUUGAUUCAAUUCCAAAAAUUAAUGAUCUUUCAUCAAAGCUAUCAUCACCUAAGAAAAGAAAACGUGAUGAUGAUCACAACGAAGUUCAAAUUUUACAUGAUGAUGUCUCGAGUGAUGAAGAAAUCGAUCAGCAACGUCUAAUAACUUCAUCAACAUCUCCCAUUAUACAACAUAUAGAUAUUCUAUUUAACACAAUUCGACAAGAAAAUGAAAAACAGUUUACUGCAUUGUCAAAGAAAAUUGAUCGAAAAAAUCAUAUCGAUAGUGUUGAUCUUUCGUCGUUUCGUGAAUCAGGAGAUAAUCGAACGAAUAAUGAAGUGAUCUAUAAUAAUACUAAUUUACUUAGUAUUCGAGGAAAAAAUAUUGGUGAUUAUGCACGACAAGUACUUCGUAUUAUUUAUUCACAGGAAGAACUAUUGUCUUCGAUUUUACCUCCGGGUAGUCCUCACUUUGCUCGAAAACCUUUGGACAACAAAAGAUUUGAAAAGUUUCAUGAAGCUAUGCGUGGUAAAUAUCACAUAGCUGAACAUCGAUACGACGAAUUUUUUUCCAAAUUAGUUCGACCGAAAUUGGUUGAUUUUUUGUCCGAUGAACGUAAACGUGAACGUGAAAGACAAUCAACUCAAUCUCUCUCGCCAUAA